CUGCCCAAUGUCGAGGUCGCUUGGGAAGGCGGAGAAGGCCGCGAAGCCGGCGGCGAUGGAGCAGUACGUCACCCUUGUGGUGAAUGACCAGGAAGGGCGCAGGCUCACCCGCACCAUGCGAAGGACCGACAAGCUGCAGGCCAUGAUGGACUUCUACCACGACCUGGUGCCGGCCGUCGAGCGCGGCGACGACGGAGUGUUCAUGCGCUGUGGGAGGCGGAUCCUGGGCUGUCAGACGCCGGAGGACUGCGGGAUGAGGGACGGCGACGUGAUCCGGUUCUUUCCGAACAUCAAGCCGGACAUGCUCGUCACCCUCGUGCUGCAGGACUUCAGAGGCCGCAGCCUCAUCCGCACCAUGCGGAAAACCGACGGGAUGCAGGUCCUGAUGGAUUUCUACGCCGCCAUGGUGCCCGCCGCUGGCGACGACGGCGACGGGGGCGGCGUCUUCUUGUACCGCGGCGAGCCCGUCGCUGCCGAGCAGACGCCGGCAGGCCUCAAGAUGGCGAACUGGGACAGGGUCUACUUGGUUCCCCGGCGUCGGGGCGAGGUCAAGGAGGACAAGUCCGUCGACUACAUUACGGUCAGGGUGCGGGACGACAAAGAGCGCAUGAUCUACUGCACGGUGCGGAGGAGCGAGCAGCUCAAGCCCCUCAUGGACCUGUAUCACGCCACCGUGCUGGGCGACGGGGCGUCCAUACUCGGAGGGGCGUUUCUAUUCGAUGGCCAGCGGCUGCACGGGAGACAUACACCGGCACAACUCGAUAUGGAGGUUGGCGACGUGGUGGAUUAUCUCCCUGAACAGAUAUAGAGAUUGUCCAACCCUCACCAUCAGUGCUCCGCGUUACACAUUAGGCGCAUUUCUGAUGGUUUUUUGUGCCCUGGCUUUAAUGUGGUACCAAGUUGUUACUCUAACCCCAAGUGUGGGGUUUUUGGGUAAAUAACUCUCACCAUGUUGAAAUGCGGAGAACUUGGUGCCAAUGGAUUUGUAAUGAGAACAACUCCCCAUUUGCCAUUUAUUGUCGUUUCACUGUUGUAUUGAUUUUACUAAACAGCG